AUGAACAAAUUUCAGAAUUUCCAAGCGGGUCGUUUCAAUUCAUCUUUGGCGUUGGUUGAAGAAUUGGAUGAUCCAGCAGCCGACGAACAUGACUCUUUCUUGGCCCGCACAGUUAGCUGGUGUCCAGGUGAACAACGUCUGCGCUCCUCAGCUACUGGCCGCUCAGAAUCGGGACUCAGGAAACUUCUGCAAAGCGACUUUUUAUAA